UCUAUGUACAGUCAAGAGUCACCAGUCAAGAGUCACGAGUUGUACCAGGCUUUUCGAUACACACAGUCACGAGCGCCCACGCCAUUGGUGGUAAGAUCUCAUGACGACGCUGGAGAGCGGAAACCGCACUCUGGCUACGUAUAGGAUUUCGACGUGAUCUCAACUCUGCAGGCACGACUAAGCCCUAGCCCAUGCUACAAGUCGCCUCGACGCCAACACCUUACUGCCCUUCCUCACGAACAUUCAUCCACUUUGAGCUGCACGUUGCAGCUUGCACCUCUGCAGACCGUAUUCGAUGCCAAGCCGCGAGCUCAGGUGACGUUUGCAACAUUCAAGCUCAGACCCAAUCCCUCGCGCACAAAGCCGCCAAACACAAUUCGCAAGUAGAGGCCUCGUGAUGUACCAGCAAGGCCAGUAUUCGUCGCGAUCGCCGCCGCCAUUGCAGCACCCCGUACCGACGCACCCGCCGGUGCAGGUCCCGAUCCCAUCCGGAACACCAGGGCCGGGAAGCCAGAGCAGCGGGCGACCCUCUAUUGACGGGGGAGGGUUUGGAAGCACAAGCACAGCGGAAGCCCAUCUCUCGUCCGCGAGAGCCAGAGGCGGUCAGUCCGAAAGUGGCUAUGCCCGCUAUGCUUCUCCGCCCUUGCAAAAUCCCUAUGGACAGCCCCAGAAUCAAUACCAACAGCAUGCUGGGGGUAUGGGUGCGGGGUCCAAAGGAGUGACCGGCGGGAUGAUGCAUCAACAGCAGCAGCCGCAGCAGCAGCAUCCAAAUCAGGGCUUCCAACAAUUUGGAAGCUUUGCCAGCUUUGCGAAUGGAAUGGGAAAUGGGCAGGCUGGAAUGGGAGGCAACAUGUUGAAUGAUGCUACUGCUCAAAUGGGAGUACAGUUUGGGCGUCAGAUGGCAGCUGCUGGACAGGAGUACGUUGGCAAGAACUUUGGAUCCUUUCUGCCGGUGCCAUUAUUGAAACACUACUUCAACGUAUCGAAUUCGUACGUGCUGCACAAGUUGCGCCUCGUCCUCUUCCCUUGGAGGCAUAAGCCUUGGUCCAGGCUUCACGCGGCUGCUGCAGGCGCAUCUGCUUAUGGAGGGGAACCGCAGUACGGUGCGUCUACAUCAAAGGCAGAAGGGUACGCUCCGCCGAGGGAAGACGUGAACAGUCCGGACCUCUACAUCCCCGUGAUGGCAUUCGUAACAUACGUCCUGCUUGUUUGCAUCAUCCGCGGUAUCGAAUCGCGCUUCCAUCCCGAAGUACUUGGCCUGACAUCAUCGAAAGCGCUGGGAAUCGUCUUCUUCGAAUUUGCUGCCGUCAAGCUCGGAUGCUACUUGCUCAACAUUCAAGGGGACCACACCGUCAUCGAUUUGGUUGCUUACGGUGGCUACAAGUUUGUCGGUGCCAUCGUCACUUUGCUAGCUGGUCUGACGCUGCCUGGACGACUAAUCUACUGGAGCGUCUUCGCAUAUACUUGCGCCGCCAACGCUUUCUUCCUUCUGCGAUCGCUUCGAUAUGUGGUGCUGCCAGAUCCUAGCAGCCCUAGCAGCGUCACCAUCACACCACAAACCAGAUCGAGGCGCAUCCAGUUCCUCUUUGCGAUUGCCGCUGUACAGACACUUUACUGCUUCCUGCUUAUCAUUGGCAUUUGGCACUGAAAGCAAUCUUAGAAUGUCACUACACUGCUC